ACCGGACCGUGCAAAACUUGACUCGUCUAUUUAAAAAAAAAUUGUUUAUUUAAUUAAAAUUCAUUUUUAUCAAUUUAAAAUGUUUUAACAAAUAAUUGUGGAAAUGUUGUAUUUUUUAUUUAAAAAAAAAUAUUUAAGUUACAUAAUUUUUUUUAUUGAUAUUUUAAGAAAGUGUUGUUUAAAAAUUGAAAUAUUUUUAAAGUGAAUGUAGUGAAUUUGUGAAUAUAUGUAAUAUUGUCAAUUAUUUUUUAAUAAUGCUAAAGUUUAGGAUACACUACAUGCUGAAAAAAUUAUUAUUUUAAAAGAAAGAUGUGGCCUUGUUUUUGGAGUUAAAGCCUUCCCGUAGGCUUGGCAAGACUGAGGGUCCGCAUUUCAAACCAAUUGGCAAAAAGUAAGGAUUCACAUCCUCAAAAAUUUGUCCGCAAAAUUACAUUAAAUUCACCAAAUUGGAAACAGAAACUUAAUAAAAAAAGACAAAAAAAAAAGAAAAAAAAAUAAGGGGGAGGGGUAAAAAAGCGUAGUGCGAAAGUGCGAAAACAAAAAAGUGAUUGAAGAUUUAAAAAAUCAGUAGAUAAAGAAAAAAAGAAAAUUUAAUAAUAAAAAUCGCGACUUUUAUUCAUAUUAAAAAAAAUAAACAAAACUUUCUUGCAUCUCAUUUAACUGAUAAAACAAUUAGAAUUAUAUCGUUAAUUAAUUGAAAUUUUUAUUCGCGAGUUUUUUCUAUUCUAAAAAAAAAAAAAAUAAAAAUGACGUUAAACUCUCGAGGAUUUGUGACAUUACUGGUGCAAAUCACAAUUGGCAUUCUGACGAUCCUACAAAUUCUCUUCGUUACUGCAGGCCAGGAUACAAAUUCAGAGAAACCACUUCCGUGUCCAAGUGAAAUAUACUGCCAUGGAGAUUUAUUGCAUACUGUACAAAUGGCCAAGAUUUUCAAAGAUUCGAAGACUUUUGUUGAUAUGAAAAUGAAAUAUUCACCAAAUAAAACGAUGUCAUUGUUUCGUGAAUUAAUGAGUGAUACCGAAAAUAAUCCAACAUCAAUUCAAGUUGAGGAAUUUCUUAAUAGAACUUUUGAUCCAGCUGGAUCGGAAUUUAAAACAUGGGAUCCCGUCGAUUGGAAGGAGGAGCCAAUGUUUCUUGAAAAUAUACGUGAUAAAAGUUUGAAAAAAUUUGCCAAAGAUUUAAAUUAUAUUUGGAAAUUACUUGGUCGACAAAUGAAGGAUGAAGUUAAAAUGAAUCAAGAGCAAUAUUCAAUUAUUUAUGUACCAAAUCCAGUUAUUGUUCCUGGUGGACGUUUUCGUGAAUUUUAUUAUUGGGAUUCAUAUUGGAUAGUUAAAGGUCUUUUAUUAUCGGAAAUGAAAGAAACUGUUAGAGGAAUGCUCUCAAAUUUUGUAUCAAUUGUUGAAAGAAUUGGAUUUAUACCAAAUGGUGGAAGAAUAUAUUAUACACAAAGAUCACAACCACCAAUGCUUAUUCCAAUGGUUAAUGAAUAUUUAAAAGUCACCAACGACAGUAAAUGGUUGGAAGAAAAUCUUUGGCUAUUGGAGAAAGAAUUCGAUUUUUGGAUGACUAGACGAACGGUUCAAGUUAAAAAAGAUGGUGUUACUUAUACUCUUGCCAGAUAUUAUGAGGAUUCCAUAGGUCCUCGACCCGAAUCUUAUAGAGAGGACUAUUUGACGAGUCAAAUUUUCCGAACAACCGAAGAGAAAAAUAAUUAUUACGCGGAACUGAAAACAGCUGCAGAAAGUGGAUGGGAUUUUUCCAGUCGUUGGUUUAUACUUGAGGGUACAAAUAAAGGUAACUUGACGAAUUCAAAGGCAAGAAGCAUAAUUCCCGUUGACCUUAAUUCAAUAAUAUAUUUAAACGCACAAUUGUUGGCGGAUUUUAAUCGAAUGGUUGGCAAUCAGACAAAAAGUGAUUAUUAUAUGAAAAAGGCAGAUGAAUGGAGAGAUGCUGUGACGGCGGUAUUAUGGCACAAUGAAGUAGGUACAUGGUUAGAUUAUGAUAUAAUUAAUGAAGAUAAAAGAGAUUAUUUUUAUCCAACGAAUGUACUUCCAUUAUGGACACAUUGUUAUGAUGUUGAUAAAAAAAGUGAUUAUGUAUCGAAAGUAUUGAAAUAUCUUGAAAAACAACAAAUAAUGCUCAAUCUUGGUGGUAUACCAACAACAUUGGAACAUUCCGGUGAACAAUGGGAUUAUCCAAAUGCAUGGCCUCCACUUCAAUAUUUUGUAAUCAUGUCACUUGAUAGAACGUCCGAUCCUUGGGCGUUAAGGUUGGCCUACGAAUUAAGUCAACGAUGGGUGCGCAGCAAUUACAAAGCAUUCAAUGAAACUAAUGUCAUGUUCGAAAAGUAUGACGCUACAGUAUCAGGUGGAUAUGGUGGUGGCGGGGAAUAUGAGGUUCAAUUUGGAUUCGGUUGGUCGAAUGGAAUUAUUAUGGACUUGAUAAAUAAAUACGGUAACCAGCUUACGGCAGAAGAUCAUUUCUUACAAAAGGAAAAUCCACCUGAAUCACAGGUAGCUGUCUCAACAGCUGGACAACUUAUGACUGGUAUUUUGGCUAUCAUGAUAUCAGUAGCUGCAGGAUUUAUAGGGAUGGUGGUGUACAAAAGACGUCAGUAUCUCUCGCUCGAACCAGCUACCACUUACGACAAAAGACAAUUUGGAGAUGCUGGUAAUAUAUAUAGGAAAAAAAUCGCAUACACGGAACUCAGAGACAUGAGCAACGAUUGACAAUGAGUCGAAUUAUAGGUGUACACAAAUUUAUAAUACUCUUUUUUUUUUUGCAUAAUUUAAGUAGCUGUAAAAUAUGGACAAAAACGUCAUUAGCUGAGACUUUUUCUAAAUUGGAAAAAAUUUUUUUUAAAUAUCUUUUCUACUAUUGAUGAAAUCAAUUUGCAAUUAUUACAUAAACCUAUUAUAUACGAUUAUAAAUUUGAUAUGACAAAUUGUAUAUAUAUAUAUAAAUUUUUUAAUCAAGAAAACCAGCUAAUGGCCAGAGUAACGUCAUUCAUUUUUUUUUUUAAUCAAAUUAAUUAUCAAAUAACAUAUAUAUUAAUUUUUAUGAAUCGUAAUUUUUGGUGAUUUUAUAUAUUAUUGAAUUAUAAUUACAGAUUUAUUUUUAAAACUGUAAUUGUAUAUAAUUGCAAAUUUAGUGAUAAAUGAAAUUAUAGAGUAUUGAUUUUAAAAAUUGCAAUAUUAUUGUAAUUUGUAUAUUAGAUAUAUUAUAAAUUAGCUAUUUGCCCCACAAUGUUUGUCAAUUCUUUUUGACGUUAGUUUAAUUUAUUUAAAUUGUUAUUUGCAUGUCCAAUAUAAUGACCAAUAAGUUCUCGUCAAUAUUUAUUUGUUCUUUCGAGAAAAAUAUGCCAAAUAGUGUUAAUUUUUUAGCGCAAAACAUUUUUGAACAUUUGGAAAAAUUUUCUUUAGAUCAAAGAAUUUUGAUUUAAAAAAAAAGAACUAUCUUGCGUCACAAAUUUUCUUUUUCUAAAAAAGAACAAAAUGAGAACUUGUGGUACUUGUGAUUUAGAUACUUUUUUUUAUAGAAUUAUUUUAAAUGUGCAAAUAGCUAAUAUUUGAUAAAAAUUCUGUUUUCAUGAUAUAUCGUAGCGAUGCAGGAUUUUAAGUAUUUUUCAUGCGAUCUUUAGUUAAUAAUGGCCAAUGUGAAAAAUGUGUAUAUAUGAGUAACGAAUUAAUUAUAUUAAUAGUGAGGAUCAUGCUUAAGAAUAUACAUUUUUACGUACAACAACUUUCACUGAUGAAAAUUUGAAAAAAAGAUAAAUCUUUCUUUCAUGUAUCUCAUCUCUUGUCUCUCAAAAGACAAGGAAACUGAGAGAAAAAAAUCUCCUACUGUUAUAAAUAUCAUUUCAGUUGAAAAAGAAUAAAAUAAAAUCUAGGAUUAUUAGAAAUUUUUUUUUUCCCCUUUUAUUAAAGUAGAAACAGGAAAAGAAGAAACAAAUUUCUUACCGAAUAGAUUUGUUACCGUUAGUUGAGGUUGUAAAAAUUAAAAAAAAAAAUUUAUCGCUCAUUUUAGUGAGAAUUUUUUUUUUUUUAACAAUUUUAUAAAAUUUUAAUUGAAUUUAUCUAUAGCAGUUGGAAGUUUUAUUCUCUGUGGAAGUAAAGACAAAGGAAUUCGUGCUGUGCACGAUAUUUCGCGAAUUAUUAUAAUUAUAGAAACUUUAAAGUCUGCUGGUCCGACCACUAUAUUAUUGUAUUUCUAUUAUAGCUAGAAGAAAAUGCAUUAUGUUAUGUGACAGACAACAAAACUUCGUAUUAGUCAUUGUGACAUAAUUAUUUGCAUAUAAAAAUAUGUUCAUAAGGGAUGAAAGCAAUUUGUACCGACUGUGGACAUUUAUAAAAAACAUAUUCUCAUAUUUUAAAUAUUACACUGUGAGAAAAAGACUUCGUUAAAUCCAGCGAUCAUAAUUGUUAGAAAUUUUCUUCAAUUAAAUACAUUUUAUUAUCUAAAGUCAUUUCUAUUAGAAUUUCAAAUUUAUUUUUAAUAAACAAUAAAAAUUAAAUUAAAAAAAAAAAAAAACAAUUUCUAUUAAAAUUAACUUAAAGAUAAACCUAUUUUUAUAAACACUUUGUAUUUAAAAUAUAAUUAUAGCAACAAUAAAAGUAAUAAUGAAAAUAUUUUUUAUGGAAAUGACUUCAUAAUUAAGAAUGUAAUUAAGAUUAUUUCAACAAUAUAACACUGAAUACGUCCAAAUAAAUAUUUUUUUCACUUCAAUUUUUCUGUUUAAAGAAAGUUUUAAUUAAAUUAAUUAUGAUGAAGUGAAAUAUUUUUCUCACUGUGAUAUGAAAAUGUCCACUAAUGGUUUGGUCACAAAACGAUUUUUUUUUAUCCUAAGCCUUAUUGCGCAAAAAUACGGAAAGAAACUAGAGAUAAUAUAAAUAUAUUUAUUGUUGCGCAAAAAAAAGGAUAUAACUGUGAAUUACUUUUAUAUAACUUCGAAAUUUUUAGAAUAAUUGUAAAAAGUUAGAGAAACAAAAUAAUGAUUUUUUCAAUGAGCAUAACAAAUUAUUGCAUGCAUUUGCGUCAAAAGAAAAAAAAGCCUUUUUUUGAGACUUUUUUUUUAAAUAGGCUGAAAAAUAAACUUGUUUCUUAUAUAAGUAAUUUUGAAAAUUUUUAAAUUCAAAAUUUAAACAAGUGUUGAGAAAAAUCGCAUUUCAACAAAUAGUUUAAAUUUUGAUUCGAUAAAUUGUACAUAUUAUAUAUAUAACUUGAAUUAUUAUAUCUCUUUUAAAUGAAAAAUUAUUAUAUAAUAAAUAAAAUAUAGGCAAUUUAGGCUGAAUAAACUUGUAUGUAUAUUUAAAUUUAUAGACGAUUUGUUAAAGUUUAUUUUUUUUGUAUAAACAAAUUAACUAUUUUGUACACUGAAGAAAAUGUCUUUGAAUCUAUUAUUAUUACUAUUAUUGCUUCUGAAUAAAUGCGGCAAAGGAUUCUAUAACGAUCCUGUAAAAAAAUUUUUUUUUUUUUGAGUGUAUAGAGUAUUUUACAAAUAAUAUGAACUCAUAAUGAAUACUUUUAAGAAAUUCCUUUAUAAUUGUAUUUAAACUAAAUAAAUUACACAUGUCAUGUU